AACUGGAUGGCUACACAAGGGGCGUGUUAAGUGUAGUUGACCCCAUAUCAGAAAGGUUUUUUUUUUAAAAAAAAAAAAUCAUUUUCAAAGAAUAACACAAGACACAUAAAGAACACUAUCCCAACAACAUUCAUCACUUCGAUCAAACCACACAAAUGGCAUCAGCCCCAAGACGAAUUUUCAACAAAAUUUCUACAACCUUAACUUCUUCGAGAAUAAACCACUCAUCUGGCAGAACAAGUCCACGUGGCAACAUCAAUCAAGAAAAAAUCCGAUGCUACAGUGUCUGUGUAGCGCGCCUUGCCAUCAUGGCGAUGCUAGCGAUUCUUAUAGGUCUAUUAACACUCCUCACGUGGCAUUUCACCAAAGUUUACACAAGAACAUCAUUAAACGCUUUAGCAUUUGGCCUUCGAUAUGAACUUUUACAACGUCCCAUGUUACGUAUGUGGAAAAUCUUGAACUCAACAGUUGAAAUAACAACAUCCCAAGUCAAGCUUUCUGAAUACGUCAUAAGAAAAUAUAGCAAAGCUGAAAACCAAGCACAACAAGUAGAGUUGUAUGAAGUUAUGAGAGACGUAACGUGGGCCCUAUUUGCAAGCCACAAAGCUUUGAAUUCCAUGUCGAUAAAAUACAGAAACGGAUUCGUUCAAGCUUUCCAUCGAGAUCUUAGAGACAAAAACACGUAUUACAUAUACUCAAAUCUGUAUAACUACACCAUGGUUGAACCCUACGAUGUAAACCAAUCUUUACCUCAUCAAGGGUGGAACGAUCAAACAAUCCACGGGAACAUAUCAGCAAUCUGGUACCGAGAACCACUGGAUCCCGACACCGGAAGAAAAACCGGGAAACAGAAGGAAAUCCCGCCGGACGAGUUAAUGAACAUCGCCGGAAUCUCUCAGGUACCCGACGGAGCAGCUUCUUGGCAUAUCUCCGUGAGUAAAUUUACGAGUUCGCCCUUGCUAUCGGCUGCUUUACCGGUGUUGGACGAGGGCGGAGGGAGUAUAGUGGCGGUGGUGGGAGUUACGACGGCGCUGUACAGCGUCGGACAGCUUAUGAAGGAGCUGGUGGAGCUUCACGACGGACAUAUUUACUUAACGUCUCAAGAAGGGUGGUUGCUUGCGACUUCUAAUUCUAGUACGCCAUUGUUGAGAAACUCACCGAGUGGGCCCACGCUCAUGAUGGCGGUGGAUUCCGAAGAUGAGAUUAUAAAAUCGGGAGCUAAGUGGGUGGAGAAAGCUUACGGCGGACAACCUCCGGUUACCCGGAAAGUUCACACGGCGGCCGCCAGACUCGGCCACCAGAGAUACUACAUAGAUUCUUUUUUCUUGAACUUAACACGACUUCCGAUGGUCGGAGUUCUUUGUAUUCCGAGGAAGUACAUAAUGGGGAAGGUGGAUGCAAGGGCAUUUAAGACAUUAAUGAUAUUAAUAUCGGCGUCUGUUUGUGUACUUGUUGUGGGGUGUAUUUGUAUUUUUAUAUUAACAAAUGGAGUGUCCAAAGAAAUGAAAUUAAGGGCAGAGUUAAUUAGUCAUUAUGAUGCAAGAAGGAAAGCAGAGGCAUCGAGCAAUUUUAAGAGCCAGUUUUUAGCGAAUAUGAGCCAUGAGUUGAGAACACCAAUGGCGGCUGUCAUAGGAUUGUUGGACAUUCUUCUGUGUGAUGAGUGUCUUACGAAUGAACAAAGUGCAACGAUUACUCAAAUUCGUAGAUGUUCAACAGCUCUCCUUAGGCUUCUCAAUAAUAUCUUGGAUAUUAGUAAGGUGGAAUCUGGGAAAUUGGUGUUGGAAGAAGCCGAGUUUGAUUUGGGUCGAGAACUUGAAGGACUUGUAGAUAUGUUUUCUGUUCAAUGCAAAAAUCACAAUGUGGAAACCAUUAUAGAUCUCUCUGAUGAUAUGCCGAAAGUGGUUCGAGGAGACUCGGGUAGAGUUGUUCAAAUAUUUGCAAAUCUAAUUAGCAACUCAAUCAAGUUUACAACAUCAGGAUAUAUUAUUGUGCGAGGAUGGAGCGAGAAUUUGAAGUCUUUUAAUGAAAAUGAGAAGUUUUAUGUUGAUGAGAAAGCUUUAUGGUCUGCAUUUCAAAAAAGGUUAAAAAAACAAGGACUCCAUGAGAAAACAUGUUCAAAGAAUGAUAACACAAUGAUUCUUUAUUUUGAAGUUGAAGAUACUGGUUGUGGAAUUGAUCCAAGCAAAUGGGAGUCGGUUUUUGAAAGCUUUGAACAAGCCGAUCCAUCAACAACUAGAUUGCAUGGUGGGACGGGUCUUGGGUUAUGCAUAGUUCGAUCCCUUGUUAACAAAAUGGGUGGAGAAAUAAGAGUAGUGAAGAAGAACGGAUCAGGGACUCUAAUGCAACUAUAUCUUAUACUCAGUACUCCUUCAGAUACACCAAGAGAAAUCUACGAACCUAAAUUUUCAGAAAUUAACUUGAAGAUAGUGCUUGCACUCAAUGGAACAAUGGGUCGAACAAUUCUUUCCCAAUGGCUACUUAAACUUGGAGUUCCCAAAUGGGAAGCAAACGAGUGGAAUGAACUUACACACAUACUUCAACAACUCUUUAACCCCACAAAAUUUUCCCAAAACAUAAGUUCAAAAGUUGACUUUUUCCUCAUAGUCAUUGACAUUGGACUACUUAACCUAAGCACAGACAUAUGGAAAGAACAACUCAAUUUUUUACAUAAAUUCAACAAAAGGGCAAAAUUCUGUUGGGUUCUAAACCAUGAUACUUCUAAUACAAUCAAGAUUGAACUUAGAAGACGAGGGUAUCUGUUAAUGGUAAGUGGACCAUUAUACAAGUCAAAAUUGAUUCAAAUAAUUGAAACCGCUAUAAACGAGACACCUCCAUUGACAUUCUUUCCAAAUGGUGGAGACAAAAUCGAAGUUCAUGAAGAGAUUCAUGAUGAAGAGAAGGGCAAAAAUGGAAAAAAGAGUCUUCAAGGGUUACGGAUUUUAUUGGCUGAAGAUACACCAGUUCUUCAGAGAGUCGCAACUAUGAUGCUUGAACAGAUGGGUGCGAUAGUUGAGGUUGUGGGAGAUGGGGCCCAGGUAGUUGAAGCUCUUGACAUUUUUAUCCAUGAAGAAAAGAAAGGGAAGAAAUCUAUUGAAUCUACACCUUAUGAUUUGGUUCUCAUGGAUUGUCAGAUGCCGAAGAUGGAUGGGUAUGAAGCAACGAAAGCGAUUCGAAGAGCGGAAAUGGAAUCGGAAUCGCACAUUCCGAUUGUGGCAUUGACAGCACAUGCAAUGUCAUCUGAUGAAGCUAAAUGCUUGGAAGUGGGAAUGGAUGCGUAUCUUACAAAGCCGAUAGACUGCAAGCUUAUGGUUUCCACCAUUUUGUCAUUAACCAAAUCUAGGGCUUAAUUCUUGCGUAAUGAUGAUUAACAAGUUUUUGGGAACCAAAAAGGCGAAAAAAUAUCAUUUGGGUUGCAGAUUGUGCAUAUAGAAUAAAUGCGUAAUACAAGAGCAUAUUCGACACAAGUUCAUUGUAGCUAUCAACAAGCAAUUUUAUUGAAUUUGUAUCGAAUUCUGUAAUUCAAGUUAUUUGAAUACUCGCGUACAAAUACAAUGGAAUACUUUUACAAAUUUGGUCCCUCAACUUAUACCCAACGUACAUAUUUGUUCGAUAGGUCUUUUUUUCUUUGCAUAGUCUAAUACUUGAUCAUGAUUGGUUACUUGCUUCAUGGGAGUAUGAUAUAAGAGAGUAGGAAAUCCAGAUUAUGUAUGUACUUAUGUGUGGUUUAUUUAUAUAGUUUGUGUAAUUUGUAGAGUAGACAAAGAGCAACCCAUAUUAGACAGGUUAGUUUGAGAUAUUUAAUGUAUUUAAUUAAGCC